GUAUUAUGGUCAAAUGACAUGUACCCUCCGAAAAACCCUAGGCGGCAAUCCCACUCGAUUAAAUCAAGAGCGGUUAUCUGAAACCACCGUGCUGGGGAAGUGUUGAUCAAGCUCUUCGAAGAUGUCGAAGCGCGGGAGGGGUGGCUCUGCGGGAAACAAGUUUCGAAUGUCACUGGGUCUUCCUGUGGCGGCGACGGUGAACUGCGCCGAUAACACCGGUGCAAAGAACCUCUACAUCAUUUCGGUGAAGGGGAUAAAGGGUCGGCUCAACCGACUCCCAUCUGCCUGUGUCGGUGAUAUGGUGAUGGCCACUGUUAAGAAGGGGAAGCCCGAUCUAAGGAAGAAGGUCAUGCCUGCUGUUAUCGUAAGGCAGCGCAAGCCCUGGCGCCGAAAGGAUGGCGUUUACAUGUACUUUGAAGACAAUGCUGGAGUCAUUGUGAACCCCAAGGGAGAAAUGAAAGGUAUAACUGGUUCUUUAAGAUGUUAUAAGGAUAUUAAUUGUAAGCAGAGCCUCAUGCAAUCCUAAAUACCUUGUUGAGAAACUGGUCCCUGGACUUUGUGCCAGCUUAUU